AUGAAUCCCUCCUUACUCGAUUCAUUCUCAUUGAAUGAUCCUGUAACUUCGGAGGGUGAUUAUAUCGGCUCCCAUGUGACAGGCUUUGCGACGGACGAAGACGACAACAGCCAGCGAGUCGGAGGUCUCGCCUCUAUGCCUGACACCAACGGCGUGAGGUACCACGCACAGCAGCCCGCCAUGCAGGAUUUACAAUAUACCGGCUCAAGCGCCCUUGCAAUGACCCCACCAGACUCCUGUCCUGACUCUUUUUCGCCUACAUCUGGUUCUAUCUUCCCUCACAACACUCGGCUUCAGCAUCCCUUCGAUAGGAUGACGGACUACCAACGAGUUCCGCCUCUUCAACCGCCUACUGGCAUGCCAGCAGGUAUGCAGAGCUCAGGGCACGGUUUGAACUCCAUACCAGCCCUAAUGAGCCGCAAUAACCCCUAUGGAUCAUACGCCCUACAGCGUGGGAUUGGAAACAUGAGUUUGCCACUCAUGGGCAUGGGUGAUACAUCGCGCAACCAUGGAUAUUCGGGCACUCCUCGCGCACUGGAUGGUAGCCUUGAUCGAUCUCGAGGCACUAUCUAUCAGCAGUCAAUGGUGGAGUCUUCCCCACGAUCACAGCCACAGGUUGAAGUUCCGCCAUUCGAUGACACGACCUAUCUUGAGACAAUCGUGGCAGAAUUCGGUGGUCAGUAUCAAACAGUGAAGCCAGAAAUCCAGGCCAAGAUGGGCCGCGGGUUCUUCCCAUCAGAUGGCAAAUGGACCUGCUACCGACGCAACUACUUUGCUGUGACUUGUGGCUUUGGUCUUCACCCUUGGCCACCCACUGCUCCUCUUUACAUCCGCAAUCACGAUCAAGGUCUGGAGCCAAUUCGCAGUUUCGCAAUGACUAUCUCAGCAAUUGUUAAUGGUCAAUACAACGAAACCCGGGAGCUCGUUCAGCACACACCAAAACGCGACAAGCAGUCCGAAAGAAAGCCAGGCCGUGUCAUUCUUCAGCCAUCUCCUCCAGCUUCAUUCACAUCAACUUCGGCGGUCAAUGGAAACCUUUCUGGUUUCCCCAUCGGCUCACAAUCUAUGGACUACAACGCUGCGUUCACGGGGGCGCCUCAAUCAUGCCAGCCUCCAACAACCCACAUGUUCGAGCGUAUCCAGUUCCAGAAGGCUACCGCCAACAAUGGCAAGCGCCGUGCCCAGCAACAGUAUUACAAUCUGGUCGUCGAGCUCUACGCUGAGAUUGCUAGCUCGGUCUCAGGUGAAACACAGUGGGUACAGAUCGCACGUCGCCACUCCCACCCCAUGGUUGUUCGUGGGCGCUCGCCGGGCCACUACAAAGAUGGGCGCCGGGGCAGUACUGGCAGCAUGGGUCCUGAUGGAGCGGGGGGUGAUGGAAAUGGGAGCAUCCACUCUCAUGGAUUAGGCCAGACCACCCGAUCACAUCUCCUCAUGUACGAUGCCUCCCACCGAAGCGGGCUUUCUUACGGUAGGGCCGAUCAUCGACAAACGACCAUGAACGAUCAUUCUCCACUCAGCGACAGUCCUCUCAUCUCUUCCUCCUCCUCCUCUGGAUUUGAGUAUUCCAUGAUGGACACUAUGGAUCCUAUGGAUACCAUCAAGUCUGAUCCUUACAUGAAGACCGAUCCCUACCUCAAGACGGAUCCCUACCUCAGGUCAAAUCCUUAUCAGGAUGCGCCUUAUGCAGAGGUUCCCAGCCACCAGCAUCGCCAUUCUAGCACUGGGGGCUAUGACCCUGUCUACUCAACGACUUACAGCCGUUACGAUCCCAUCCAAAACUCGCAGAGCCUAUGCACCUAG